ACAUUGGACAGCGAGGUUGGCAAAUAUAUGGAGCCCUUUUCAAAAGAAAAUUCCCGCAAAUAAAUCUCACUGCCUCCUGCCAUGUCCUCGCAUUCCCAUAGCAGAAUCCGCCAAAUACCUCUCUCCAUAGUCCCCACAUUUCCACUCCCCACUCUGGUUCCCUCCUCUCUUCAUCCCCAUUUUUCAUCGGUCCGCGUUACUAGGGUUCCGGCCACGAUCUUCUUCUUCUUCUUCAAUGCUGCCUUACCAUUCUUUGCCUGGGGCUCAGGCCGCUCUUGGCAGGAAUCUCACCUUCGCUGAGACUCUUUGGUUCAAUUACUCCGCUACUAAGUCCGAUUACUUUCUUUAUUGCCAUAACAUUUUUUUCCUCUUCCUCAUAUUCUCCGUUGUCCCGGUUCCUCUCAUCCUCUUGGAGGUUAAGCGUUUACGCGGCUUUGAUAAGUACAAGAUUCAGCCCAAGGUUCGGUUGUCAUUCCAAGAAAUGUUCAGGUGCUACAAGGAGGUUAUGCGCUUGUUUUUCCUCGUCGUUGGGCCUCUCCAGCUCGUUUCCUAUCCUACAGUCAAGAUGAUUGGAGUCCGGACAGGGCUGCCAUUGCCGUCAGGGUGGGAAAUUUUUGCACAGCUGGUGGUGUAUUUUUUGAUCGAGGAUUAUACCAAUUACUGGCUUCACAGGCUUCUGCACGGUAAGUGGGGGUACGAGAAGAUUCACCGAGUUCACCAUGAAUACGCAGCUCCAAUUGGCUUCGCCGCACCAUAUGCCCAUUGGGCGGAGAUAUUGAUCCUUGGAAUUCCUUCUUUCCUUGGGCCGGCUAUGAUUCCUGGGCACAUGAUUACACUUUGGUUGUGGAUAGCAUUACGGCAGAUUGAAGCAAUUGACACUCACAGUGGGUACGACAUACCCUGGAGCCCCACAAAAUAUAUUCCCUUUUAUGCUGGCGCAGAGCAUCAUGAUUACCAUCAUUAUGUUGGAGGACAAAGCCAUAGCAACUUCGCUUCAGUUUUCACUUACUGUGAUUACAUCUAUGGAACUGACAAGGGUUAUAGGUACCAUAAGAAAAUGAUUCGGAAGUUAAAGGAGGAGACCAAACUUGGCGUUGAGCAGAAUGGAAGGGAAGGUAAGAAAUAUGACUAACAGAGGGACAGCAGCCAUGGGCUUGGUGGAUUCAGAGUUGCAUCAUGCCUGACACAUACCGUUGAUGAACCCUUUGGAACGUGUAGUUCCAUGCAUGUGGGGUGUUGUGUAAUAAAUGUAGAACAGUGCUUUACAAAUUGCAAUUUGGUUUUAGCAAAGGGGGGAAUUUCUUGUAUUUCCCAGUCUCAAGAGUUCGGACUUUUCCGUCUCUGCGUCAUUCGUGCUUGUUGAUUCUGAUCUUGAAAAAGGGUUCCUCCAUUAGUCAGUAAUCACACUAAUUAGAUAACCAGAACCAAA